AUCGAACCCCUACCCCCCCCCCCACAAAAAAAAAAAAUAGAAUGUCGAAGACGGAGCAGCCGGUGGUCGGAGUCCCAUACUAUGUUGGGAUGAAUCCGUACCAGGCGGGGAUGAUACCACCGAACGCCAUAUACGGUGAUCCAAAGGGAAUUCCGAUUCAGCAAACCAUGUAUCGGGAUACCCCUGCUCCGUUUAACUGCCCUUACUGUGGUAAUUCCGGACUCACCACCGUCAGAUCUAAACCUAGUCUGGCAGCGGUUGUUGGAUGCAUGAUGCCCUUUAUGCUUGGAAUCUGCUUUCUUUGCCCUUCAAUGGACUGCCUUUGGCAUAAGUAUCAUUAUUGCCCAAAAUGCAACGAAAAGGUCGCUGACUUUGAGAAAUCAGAUCCAUGUGCAGUGGUGGAUAUGCCGCAAUGGAUGCAGGAGAGUUUUGCCGUGCCUGCAUGAUAAGUCUAGUAAAAGCAUUUUUCUAUGCUGUUUAAUCAUUUGUAUGUGGCUUUUCUGGCCCUCCUAAAAACUAUUGUCUAUGCAAGGAACCGUGAAUAAAAGGUUUUAGAACAUAUAUUGACUUGUCAACUGGUAAUUAGACUUAACUCUUCUCGACAUGCUGUUUACAGUGUCAGACUUCGUUGCAAGCCUGUAGUGAAUACUUUUUCUUUGCCCACAUGACCACAAUAUAAUUUGUAUGUAAUAUAGAUGAUGCUUCUGAACCUUUCAUGUUCCUCUUACUCUGGAGUCUAACAGAAAUAUUGUGGAUGGA